AUGCCUGCUACAGAGAAAACAUCAUGGAACAGAUGGUUUGAUAUUUUUCUUUCCCCUUUGAUUUGGGGGCCAUCCCUACUGUUUAAAAGUGAGGGGAAAUUGUUACUUAAAAAUGACAUCCAAGCAAGGAUUUCCAAGCAGUGUGUUUUGGUCAGCAAACACAAUUCUGGGAAUCAUAUGUUCCUUUGGUUAAUGAAAGGCAAAAAAGAGAAUGUUUUCAUGCACCUAUCUAUCAGCAGCUGUCUAGAUUCUAAGAUGAGAGGACUCCAGGUUUGCACAGAGGAACUAAUUUCCAGAGUCAAGGCCAUAUGUUUCCCUGCACUUUGUGAGCCUUGUGAACACUGUCCUAGGUCAUACUGGGACAGUCCAUGA